CGUGUGUGUGUGGCCAUGAAGAGCAGCGGCGUCUCUUGGAUGGCGAGGAAGCGGCGAACACCAGCUGAGGCUUUUGGACACUUUUAUUCUUUUUCGUGAUAUUUCAUAUUGAGUUAGAGCUGCUUCUGUGGACGACAUGUGGCGGGAGACGUUAGCUUCGUCAAAAUGAACACAGACUGCGGCAACGAGUCCCGUGUCACUCCAAAGCUAUCACUUGUUUAUCCCACCCGCGUGACGCUAAUGUCCGCAGCCAGGGGUCCCAAACCUUCUGUUGCCCCCAAACCUAUUCUGAAGCUCCAUUCCAGGGAACCCUUCCUUUCAGGUAUCCCAGAGGGAUACGUUAACGGGGGUCUCAAUGGAGGGACAUUUUCUGACCAAGAUGAUGUGUCAUCACAAGGACGAACUUUCAGUGAGAGCCAACUUGAUCUGGAGGAAGAGACACUUCCAAAAACGGAUGAGGACUGGAGACUAACGGACAGUGCCCUCACGGAGGAAGUGGAUUCCCUGGAUACGCUGUGGACCAGCGACGACCGGCUCACCAUUGACUCGGAGGACGCGGUGGAGAUGAUUGACACCACAGACGUGACAGAGGACAUGGACGAGGAUGCCGGCGAGGCGCUGGCCGACACGGAUGGCCUCUCAAUGGGAGACAUUUCCGUAAACAGCGUUGAUGAGGAAAAAGGGGCCAGGAUAGAGAAGAUACCACCGAGGCGGGAAGAAUUUGACCACACAGCCGAGUCUCUCAAUGAUGAUGUCCUUAGUCAACCCAGCCAAGAAGCAUCCACUUCUAAUAAUGGGAUCCCCUGUAAGAGCCUCAAGGGCGACCAUGAAAAUUGUGAAAAUCCGCAGCUCAGCGCCGUUGAGGAAGACCCCACCAUUCGAAUUGGUGACCACAAGCAGAUCUGUCAUGAAUCAAAGAGGCACAUCGCCUUGGAAGACUAUGAAAGCCAUGAACCGUAUUAUGUAUCUCCAGCGGACAUUAUCAAGAAAGAUAUGAUCCCAAAUCAAAAUAAAGCUUGUGGUGUACCAGGCAGUCCACUUUCGUCACCGAGACAAGGUGGUUUCUCGGCGGAGAAGUACCACAAGAGUAAAGGCCAAAUAGACCCCAUAGGAUACCAGAGAAGUAGGUCUGUUACGAGUGAAGAGUACAGACUAGAUGCCUUGUUGAAUCGUUUGUAUUCUCAACCCAAAUUCCGUCUGCUCUGCACCUCUGAUAAUUCGUUGACGACUUCUUUCGUGGGAAAUCAACUGGUUGUACCAGGAAAGCCCGACUUCUUCAGGCAUGCUUUGGGCGAUGACGUGAGCGAUACAGACAUCAGUGACGACCACCUUUACGAGGAUCCUGGAGAUGAUCGCACUGAGUGUGAAAACGUAUUUCCUUUGAGCAGGAGCACAUCGGGACUAUGCUCUCGCUCCUUGUCGCGUCACAUGGACAGCGAGGUAGGAGGGCGCCUCGUACAUCGACCCAGGUUCGGUCAGAAAGGACCCAUGUUGAGCAGAAGCCCCAUGUUAAAGGCCUACCCCAAGCCUCACUAUCUGCCCCUGUAUGCCUCGUCCUCCACGUCCACGCCUGCUUGUGUCCACGGAGACCCCGAAGGCUCUCCUUGCGGAAGGUUCUCUGGAUGCACACCUCUUUCAUCCAGUGGAUUGUCUACACCCACGUCUGUAAUGGACAUCCCGCCGCCUUUUGAGCUGGCCUACAUCACCAAGAGACCCAUCGCCAAGAGUUCGCCCUCACUGCUUAUUGACGUGGAAUCCUCCGAGAAAAACCGAAAGAAGAAAUCCUCCAUUAAACGCUUCCUGAUGCUGAAGUUUCGACGGAAAGCUGAGAGCAAGCCCUCCAACUUGUCCUCAACAGAGUCCAGCCACGUGACACCCAGCAGACUGCUGGAUCCGGAAAGACACAGCGUUACGAGUUCCCCGCGGCUCCUCCAUCGCUCUACUUGCCAGCCUCAAACAUCACCUCAGCCAGCGCCUGCCUUCUUGUUCUACCAGAACGCCACAAGAACAGGAAGAUCGGCAGCCUUCCUCAAUCGCAGCGUGGUGCGAGUGGAGUCUUUUGAGGAGCGCUCCCGUGCGCCUUUUACACCGCUGCCUCUUACCAAGCCUCGCUCCAUCUCCUUCCCCAAUGCGGAUACCUCAGACUAUGAAAAUGUUCCCGCUGUUAAUUCGGACUACGAGAAUGUUCAAGUCCCCCAGUGGAGGGCCGUGCAACCGCGGCCUUUGGGAGACUUCUUUGAGCGCCCCACGCGGAUGCUGUCGUCUGCCAAUGAGACGGACGGUUACGUUGAUAUGAGUAGCCUCCCUGGCUUUAACGUCAAAGCUAAGUCGUCUGAGCAGGAAGAAGAGAGUGCUUAUACAGAAGCCUACAAAGUGUGUUCUCUUGCUGCUGGUCCACAAAGCGACCCGGAUAGUACGGUCAAUGGACCCUCAACAGCUGAUGAAGAUGCCGGACGCACGUCAGAGGAGGAAGAUGCAGGUGGUGAAAGCAACUAUGAUAAACAGGUCGACGGUCGAUCCCGAGCUUUUUACAUCGCAAUGGAUCUACUCGAAACUGAGAUAUUACACGUGAAAGCCCUCAAGCUUCUCCAGGAAGACUUUCGGGAAGCAGUGAGCACUACAGCAACGGAUGACGGAGAGCCUGCUUUGGAUGAAAAAAGACUUUGUGAAAUUCUCAAUGAGCUGCCUGAUAUUUACCAUCUGCACCGCACAAUCCUCACCGAGCUGGAGAAUCGAACUCGGCAGUGGGAAGAGAGCCAGAAGAUCGCAGACAUCUUCCUCUCCAGGAAGGCAGAAUUCUUGCUCUUUACCACCUACAUCGGCCACUACGACCGAAGUAUGAACCUACUGGAGGAGAGCUGUCGAACCUCAGCUGCAUUUGCGGCCAUCGUCCACCAGUUUGAACAGCAGAAUCCAUCUGGCCAAAUAGUUUCUCUUAAGCAACAACUGCUGCAGGUGAUCGUGCGUGUGGCUCAGUACCGCAUGAUCCUGACAGAUUACUUGAAUAACCUUUCCCCUGAUUCUCAAGAAUACGAGGACACCCAAGCUGCUGUCGUGAUAGUGGCGGACAUUGCCGACCAGGCAAAUGACAGUUUAAGACGCGGGGAGAACUUGCUGCGUCUGGUCAACAUCGAAUAUAGUGUUCAUGGCCAGCGGGACCUACUGCAGCCCGGUCGGGUGUUUGUGAAGGAGGGCACCCUGAUGAAGGUCAGCAGGAGGAGCCGACAGCCUCGUCAUCUGUUUUUGAUGAACGAUAUGUUACUUUACACUUAUCCGCAACAGGAUGGCAAAUACAGAUUGAAGAACACGCUGUCACUCACUGGGUUGAAGGUCAGUAAACCCAUCAUCGAAAAUGUCCAGCAUGCACUGAGGAUGGAGGGAAACGACAUCUCCAUCACCUUGUCUGCAAGCUCCUUCAUUGAAAGAGAGGACUGGUUUUACACGUUGAGCUGCGCUGUGAGUGAACACAACCAAGGAUCUGUGCCGUUCAACAACUGCUCGGGAGAAACCAGAGAUCAUUUGCGCGUAACCUUAGGAGAAAAGCCCCCCACACUUGUUCCAGUGUCUCAAGUGAUGAUGUGUAUGAACUGCACGUCAGACUUCAGCCUGACUCUCCGUAGGCAUCACUGCCACAGCUGUGGAAGGAUUGUUUGUAGGAGCUGCUCCAAGAAUAGAUAUCCACUCAAGUACAUGAAAGAGCGUAUGGCCAAAGUGUGUGAUCACUGCUACAGCGAGCUCAAGAAAAGAGGAGAGGAUACGUGUGCCCUCCCGACAAAGAGCAGCCCUCGUGUGAGCCGUUCCACUCGUCCGCUCUCCUCUGUGUUCCAAAGCAUCCACCCUCCAAACAUUUGGAGGCAUCGCAAAGGCAUGCUCACCUUCAACCAGGUGACCGUAUCGGAUGAGGGCUCUAUUAGCGGCAGUCUACACCGCAGCAAGAAGAGCAAGAGGAACUGGAAGAGAUUGUGGUUCCUCCUAAAAGACAAGGUGCUUUACACCUACAGAGGCCAAGAGGAGAAGGUGGCGUCAGAGAGCUUGCCUUUGUUGGGCUUUACGGUGAAGCUACCGGACAACCACCAGGGAGAUGACGACGCCUCCAAUGUUUUCCAGCUUUAUCACAAAAACACUUUGUACUAUACGUUUAAAGCGGGGGACAAUUACACAGCCCAGAGGUGGGUCAACGCCAUGGAGGAAGCCACUGUUUUAUAGGACCAGAUCAUUCCGCUCUUCCAAAAGCAACAACAACAACAAAGUGUGAACCCAAAAAGGGGGCGGGAGGGAACUUGAUUAUGUCUGCAAACUGGAACUUCCUCGGCCAAUACUGCAGGAAAGUAUUGAAAAAGACACUAUGUUCUUUGUGAAGGGGGGGCGCACUUUUGCCUACUGUUGCAACCUUGCAGCAGGUGUGAUGCUGUGCACCACAUAUGAUGCGUUGGCCCAGAUACCCGCCAGUCAUGUGACGUGACCUCGAUUUCUAUCAGCCAGCUGAUCAGCACAGUUGCUGACGGCAGAUCAUGGUGGGUCAUCGUCAGUUUUUAGACUGCCGUGAGGAAAAACAAUUAAGAAUGCGCAGCUCUCCUUCCAAGAAAUUUUAAUCUUCACCUUCAUGUUAUUAGUGUUCAUGACUGUAUUAACAAUGACUGGUUUCAUUUAUAUAAAAUGACGCAACUGAAGUCUUGUACUGUAAUAUUUGAUGCCUUUUUUUUUUGCACUGAUACAAAAUGGACUACAUCAGAAAAUCUAUACCUUCACCAAACAAGCCAUAGUCAUCGAUUUUUAUGUGGAGCAUUUCAUUGUACUGUAUAGUCUAGUCCAGUAUUUCCCAACUUGUAUUUUUGCCAGAAAAAUCUCACGGCACACCACCAAAAAAGAUGUCAUAAAAAUAUUUACUGUAUGAGUAUUGAAAUAUGAUGAUGAUCUUCUUUCUUAAAUGUACCUGCUCAUUGUCAAAUGUGUGGACCUGAGUGGUGGAACAUAAAGUUAUUCUUCUGUUGUCCACACCUGGACAAAAUUGUUGGCACUCUUCUGAAAAAUAAUAAGAACGGAAGAAAAAAAAUCAUCGUAAUCAUACAUUUAAAAUGAAUGAAAAUUAACCGAUGACGUCAUAUACUUCUUUUAAAUUAUGUGUCAACAGGAACAAAUUCUUGAAACAGGCCUGGACAAAAGCGAUGGUACCCCCAAGAAAAGAUUGAAAUCAUUUGACCUUAGUGACAUCUUCAACCAAGGUGUGUCCUCUAAUUACCGU